CUAAGCGCUUCUGUAAGCCUGUCUAUCACUAUAGAAACAGGUAGAAAUACCUAGAAUCUGCCUUUACCACUUUCACUUUAGUGUUGAUGAAAGUUGGACUAAGAAAAUGUGGGAGUGUGUCCCUCACAAGUAAGUAGGCACAGUUGCAUCUCUCUCUGAGGUCUCUCUUCGCCCAGAGGAAGCCAUCACUGAGAGUUGCAGGCUCUUGGGAAUUUCCUUUUGUUCCUACAAGAUAAACCAGGUCUUCUAUGCAGCAGUGGUAGAAACAGUGGCCCCAAGAAAGAGAGGCACCUUUAGCCUUUGAGCAGAUUUCAUGGACUGACCCAUCUCUCUUCCAUUUGGCUGUGAGAUUUCCCUGCAACUGCUUUCUCUUUUCCGGUCUGAAGGAUGAUGAUUGUUUAUUUAGCAACUUCCUAUACUGGAGUGAAUCUUUGUGAAAAACCAAGGGAUUCAUACAUGAGCAGAGGGAGGUCUUUUGAGGUCCUCUGGGAACUGAUCUAACAUCAUAAUGUUUUGUGGUGAAAAGAAAUUACUUGAAACAGAAAGAAGAGUAAAAGCCAAUGAUCGUGAAUUCAAUGAAAAGUUUCAAUAUGCGACUAAUCGCAUCCAUACCUCUAAGUACAAUAUUCUUACCUUCUUGCCUAUAAAUUUAUUUGAACAAUUCCAACGAGUGGCCAAUGCCUAUUUUCUUUUCCUACUGAUUUUGCAGUUAAUUCCAGAAAUAUCUUCAUUGUCAUGGUUUACAACCAUAGUACCUUUAGUCCUGGUGUUAACUAUUACUGCUGUCAAAGAUGCCACUGAUGAUUACUUCCGUCAUAAGAGUGAUAACCAGGUGAAUAAUCGGCUUUCUGAAGUACUCAUCAAUGGCAGAUUGCAGAGUGAAAAAUGGAUGAAUGUGAAGGCAGGAGACAUCAUUAAACUGGAAAAUAACCAAUUUGUUGCUGCUGAUUUGCUCCUCUUGUCAAGCAGUGAACCACAUGGUCUCUGUUAUAUUGAAACUGCUGAACUUGAUGGGGAGACCAACCUAAAAGUCCGCCAUGCAUUACCAGUUACAUCAGAACUUGGAGCAGAUAUUAGCAGUCUUGCAAAAUUUGAUGGGAUUGUUGCCUGUGAGCCUCCUAACAACAAAUUGGAUAAAUUCACAGGAGAUCUCUCUUGGAAAGAUAACAAGUACCCACUCAACAAUGAGAAGAUAAUUCUGAGAGGCUGUGUAUUGAGAAACACCAGCUGGUGCUUUGGAAUGGUUAUUUUUGCAGGUCCUGAUACUAAAUUAAUGCAGAAUAGUGGUAAGACUACAUUUAAAAGGACAAGUAUUGAUCGACUAAUGAAUACUCUAGUAUUGUGGAUCUUUGGGUUUCUGGUAUGUAUGGGAGUUAUUCUCGCAAUAGGAAAUUCAAUCUGGAAGCAUCAAGUUGGGGAUUAUUUCCGAGCAUUCCUUUUCCAAGACGAAGUAGGGAAGAAUCCCAUUUUCUCAGGAUUUCUAACAUUUUGGUCAUACAUUAUUAUUCUGAAUACUGUCGUGCCCAUUUCCUUAUAUGUGAGUGUGGAAGUUAUCCGGCUGGGUCAUAGCCAUUUUAUAAACUGGGAUCGGAAGAUGUAUUAUGCAAAAAAAGAGACGCUUGCUGAAGCUCGGACAACUACACUUAAUGAAGAACUGGGCCAGAUUGAAUAUAUUUUCUCAGACAAAACAGGCACUCUCACUCAAAACAUAAUGACUUUUAAUAAAUGCUCCAUUAAUGGAAGAACCUAUGGUGAAGUAUAUGAUGACCUGGGUCGGAAGACAGAAAUAAAUGAGAAAACAAAGCCUGUUGAUUUCUCUUUCAAUCCUCAAGCAGAUAGCAAAUUUCAAUUCUAUGAUCAUAGCCUAAUAGAAUCCAUUAAACUUGGAGACCCCAAAGUAUAUGAAUUCUUCAGACUGCUUGCUCUUUGUCACACAGUGAUGCCUGAAGAGAAUAAUGAAGGAAAAUUAAUUUAUCAAGUUCAGUCACCUGAUGAAGGAGCACUAGUAACAGCAGCAAGAAAUUUUGGAUUUAUAUUUAAGUCUAGGACUCCAGAGACCAUCACAGUAGAAGAAAUGGGAAAAAUUGUUACUUACCAACUGCUUGCCUUUUUGGAUUUUAACAACAUCAGAAAAAGGAUGUCUGUAAUAGUUCGAAACCCAGAAGGACAGAUAAAACUAUACUGUAAAGGAGCAGAUACCAUCCUGUUUGAAAAACUUCAUUCUUCCAAUGAAGAACUUAUGACAGUGACAUCAGAUCAUCUCAGUGAAUUUGGAGGUGAAGGGCUUCGGACCUUGGCCAUUGCAUACAGAAAUCUAAAUGAAGAAUACUUUAAAGAAUGGUUUAAAUUAUUGGAAGAGGCAAACAGGGUAUUUGAUAAGAGAGAUGAGCGGGUUGCUGCAGCAUAUGAAGAGAUUGAAAGAGAUAUGAUGUUACUAGGUGCCACUGCAAUAGAAGACAAAUUACAAGAUGGUGUUAUUGAAACUAUUACUAAUUUAUCACUUGCUAACAUUAAGAUCUGGGUCUUAACAGGAGACAAACAAGAAACUGCCAUGAACAUUGGUUACUCUUGUAACAUGUUGACAGAUGAUAUGAAUGAAGUAUUUAUUUUGUCAGGACACACUGCAGCAGAAGUCUGGGAAGAACUCAAGAAAGCAAAAGAAAUAUUGUUUGGAAGAAGCACAGGUUUUACGAAUGGCUAUGCAUUUUGUGAAAAACUACAGGAGCUAAAGCUGGGCUCAACUAUAGAGGAAACGGUAACUGGGGAUUAUGCCUUAAUCAUAAAUGGGCAUAGUUUGGGUUAUGCACUUGAAGCCAAUCUACAGAAUGAAUUCCUAGAAAUUGCCUGCAUAUGUAAGACUGUGAUUUGCUGCAGAGUUACUCCUCUUCAGAAAGCCCAAGUGGUAGAAUUGGUUAAGAAGCACAGAAAGGCAGUAACUUUGGCCAUAGGAGAUGGAGCCAAUGAUAUCAGCAUGAUAAAAAGUGCACACAUAGGAGUUGGCAUCAGUGGUCAGGAAGGAAUGCAAGCAGUUUUAGCCAGUGACUAUUCCUUUGCACAAUUCAGAUACCUUCAGCGACUCCUUCUGGUUCAUGGAAGGUGGUCCUAUUUCCGCAUGUGCAAGUUCCUGUGCUAUUUCUUCUACAAGAAUUUUGCCUUCACCCUUGUGCACUUCUGGUUUGGAUUCUUUUGUGGUUUCUCAGCACAGACCGUUUAUGAUCAGUGGUUCAUAACCCUUUUCAAUAUUGUCUAUACAUCAUUGCCUGUAUUAGCCAUGGGGAUUUUUGACCAGGAUGUGAAUGAGCAGAAUAGCAUGGACUACCCUAAUCUCUAUGGACCUGGACAAUUGAAUCUUCUUUUCAACAAGCGUAAAUUUUUCAUCUGCAUUGCACAUGGAGUGUACACUUCUUUUGCUCUUUUCUUCAUCCCAUAUGGUGCAUUUUAUAAUGUAGCUGGUGAAGAUGGAAAGCAUAUUGCUGACUACCAGUCCUUUGCUGUCACCAUCGCUACAUCUUUAGUCAUUGUUGUUAGUGUACAGAUAGCCCUAGAUACAAGUUACUGGACAGUCAUUAAUCAUGUUUUCAUCUGGGGCAGCAUUGCUGUGUACUUCUCCAUUCUUUUUACAAUGCACAGUGAUGGCAUCUUUGAUAUAUUUCCAAAUCAGUUUCCAUUUGUAGGAAAUGCACGUCAUUCUUUAUCACAGAAAAACAUUUGGUUGGUCAUUCUUUUGACAACUGUGGUUUCAGUCAUGCCUGUGAUAACUUUCAGAUUUUUGAAGGUGGUUUUAUAUCCAACUCUGAGUGAUCAGGUACGCCAGUUGCAGAAGGCUCAAGACAAGGCAAGACCCCUAAGGGGUCACAAGCGCCAACCUCGGAGGACCAGCUCACGAAGAUCUGGAUAUGCAUUUGCUCACCAAGAGGGCUAUGGAGAACUUAUCACAUCUGGAAAAAAUAUGCGAGUGAAAAAUCUACACCCGACAUCAGGGUUGGGAAAGACGAUGUAUAAUAGCACUAGCUGGAUUGAAAAUUUAUGUAAGAAAACCACAGACACAGUGAACAGCUUUAGCCUGGAUAGAACAGUGAAACUCUGAGUCAAGAUGAAUUUGAACUAAAUAGUUUAUCUUUUAAAACUUCAGCCUGGGCUGAAAGUUGACUGGCCUCCAGGGGUUGGGAUUGGGGAAUGGUGGUGGGGCAGAUUGCCUCAUCUCAUUUUGGUCAGAUGUCUGCUUUAGUACCAGUGCCAGAAGGGGCAUGUUUCUUUGGAAAACAUGGGCCAGAUGGGGACAGUAUGCUUCUCUUUAUUCAGUGGAAGAAACACUAGCAAUGUAAACACACACACACAUACAAUAUCAUUUCAGAUUAACAGUUCUUCAUUUUGGAAGAUAAGAUGAUAAAUUGAUUUUGUGUGCAGAUUAAUUAGUCUUUCAGAAAGAUGGAAACACUCUAGAUUCACAACAUAAUUAAAGUCAUUUAAAAGGAAAAUAAGUACAUAUAUGCAAGAACUGUCACUUCCAGUACACAGCUUUCAUUGCCCAAAUCUGUACAAAUCUCAAAUAGGAUGCUAGUAUGUCACUCUCAUUUUUUUAUCUGUUAAUCUGGGACUAUUAGCCAUUCAUGUCAGAAUACCACCAAUACAAAGAAUACUAAUGUCAUCCACUCUACUGACAAUGUGCUAUCACAGAAAAUACAGACUGGUACUAAAUCUGUGUAGACUAGCCAUUUGCCUAUAAGGUUGUCAAGCUGAAUCAUUUUAGGGAAGUGUCCAAGAACUAUUGCACUAUAUUCCUGGGGCAGCUAGGUGACAUUGUGGAUAGAGUGCUAGUCCUGGAACCAGAAGACUCCUCUUUCUGAGUUCAAA